AACACACGCUUGAGAAGCAUUUACACCUGGUAUCAUGGCUGGAUUGUGAAUAUAUAUAUAUAUAUCAUUUUAUUACUUCUUGUAGCUUGAAUGCAUUAUUAUGGUUUUCCAAAUAACAUGAGUUUACGAUGUAACUGCCCCUGAUUGGCUCAAAUAGAUUGACCCCUCCCUUACUUCCCCAACAUCAAGGAGAAUGUUGACAUUUUAAUGACAUUAAUCAAAGUAGUGAAUGCAGAGCUCAUCAAGGAAUAUCUCAAUUUGUAUUGUUUUAAUUGUGGUCGUCUUCUUAAACAGGAGAUGGAGCACAUGUGCAGCUGGAUGUAUUCCCAAAUCUACCCCUUACAGAGUUUGUUAUAUUUAGAAUAUUCUACAUUUCCUUUUCUAUCAGGAGCUGAAGCCGUUCUCUCUGAUAAGCCACGGCGCUCCAGUGAUUUUACUUUAUGUUGUUUUCUUCACAUGGUCAUUGAAUCAUAUCGACUGCAACGACUCAACUCCUCUAUAUAUAAGUUAUCAGAGCAGUCGACCCUCUGAAACAUCAUGGAGAUUAUGUAACGUCAUCAUAUGGUUGUGUAACUUCAUCCUCUUCAUCAAGGAGGUCUUCUCCUCCAGGAAGCACUCAGUGCACCUGAGAGGCCGAGCGCCAUCGACCCCUCUGCACACCGCACUCCUCUCUUGCUCUGUGACUCUGCACAACGCUCCUGAAUCCUGGAGGCGGAGCCUAGUUUGAUGCUUCGUGUCUUUGAGGGUUAAAGUAUAAAGUUAUUCAGUUUUUCCCUUUUUUUAGGUAAUAAUCUAAACAAUUAAUCCAUAAAUUAAUAAACCAUAUUUGGGACGUCUUCCAGAUGCUUAGUUCCACCUCCCUGCUCCUCUGUGAUUGGUGCAGAUCGAAUCGGGACAAUCAAUAAGUGAUCAAAGAUCCUCAAUAAUGUUCAGAUGCACCUCAUGGCUGUGAUUGUAGAAACACAAACGCAGGAUUUAUUCUUUGAGUUAUAUACGUAAAAAUAUUAUACAUAUUUAUGUUUAAUUAUUAGCUGACCCCCCCCCCUCCACACUGCUCUCUCUCCACCACCAUUACCUCAUCCCUCUCCUUAUCUCCUCCCCACGCUCCUUCCUUGCACCUCCUUCUGGUGACGCAAAAAGAGGAGGAUGAGGAUGAAGAGGAGUGUGCAGCAGCAGCGCUGUACGGAGCGCGAGCGCCAGAACCCGGAUGUCCUCGCGCUAUCGGUGUCAUUUCUUUCUGAAUCAUAUGUUCGGUGUAGAUGAGUCGAUCCUCCGGCACGAGACGCUGCUGCUCCGCUGAUCGAUCACACAGCUGGAAAGGAUCGAUCACCGGAAGUGAUUUGUAUCAGUUUAUUCGGUUUCAUUUCGUGAGACGUGGGGGGGGGGGGGGGGGGUGUUGAUUGAUUGAUUGACGCCGAUGAUUGAUUUGAUUGAUUGAUCGGGAGGGAUCGGCUCGGCUCCCGAUGAGACCGGAGCGGCUCUCCGGCGCCGGCCGGAGGCCAAGGGCGGGCCCGCGGCAGCGGCAGCGGCCGCCGCAGGGCUCGGGAGGGGUCGGGAGCAUCAUCAGCAACGUGCUGAGGAAACGGAACGGCAUCUCCCGGAGCGCGCCGAGGCUGCUCUGCACCCUGGAGCCAGGCGUGGACACGAGGCUGAAGUUCACCAUCGAGCCGUUGCUGGGGAAGAACGGCUUCCAGCAGUGGUACGACGCCCUGAAAGCCGUGGCCAGACUCCCCACUGGGAUCCCCAAGGAGUGGAGGAAGAGGGUCUGGCUCACGCUGGCGGACCAGUACCUCCACAGCAUCUCCAUCGACUGGGAGAAGACGCUUCGCUUCGCCUUCAACGAGCGGAGCAACCCGGACGACGACUCCCUCGGCAUCCAGAUCGUCAAGGACCUGCACAGGACGGGCUGCAGUUCCUACAGCGGCCAGGAGGGGGAGCAGGACCGGGUGGUGCUGAAGCGGGUGCUGCUGGCCUACGCCCGCUGGAACAAGAGCGUCGGCUACUGCCAAGGAUUCAACGUGCUGGCUGCUCUGAUCCUGGAGGUGACGGAGGGACACGAGAGCGACGCACUUAAGGUGAUGAUCUACCUCAUCGACAAAGUGCUGCCUGAGAGUUACUUUGCCAACAACCUGCAAGCUUUGUCAGUGGACAUGGCCGUGUUCAGAGACCUGCUGCGCCUCAAGCUGCCCAGACUCUCUCAGCACCUCCACCAGCUCCAGAAAGCUGCCAACAAAGAGGCCAGAGGACUCGCCCCGCCUCUCCUCCCAGGCAGCUACGAGCCGCCGCUGACCAACGUGUUCACGAUGCAGUGGUUCCUCACCAUGUUCGCCACCUGCCUGCCGGCGGCCACCGUGCUGAAGAUCUGGGACUCGGUGUUCUUCGAGGGCUCCGAGGUUCUGUUCCGGGUCGCCAUCGCCAUCUGGGAGCGGCUGGGAGAGAGGAUCGAGUACUGCCACACGGCGGACGAGUUCUACAGCACGAUGGGUUGUCUGUCCCGGGAGAUGCUAGAGCACAGCCUGGUGGACCCCCCGGAGCUCAUGCAGGAGGUUUACUGCAUGGCCGUGUUUCCUUUCCCUCAACUGGCGGAGCUGAGGGAGAAGUACACCUACAACAUCACGCCGUUCCCCACCGCCGUCAAACCCAGCGGGAGUCCCAGUGGCGUUGCCGGCAGCUGGGAGAGCGACGAGGACGCCGACAUGGACGACGAGGACUCGGUGGUGACGGCUCUGGGCUGCCUGGGCCCCCUGGGGGGCCUCCUGGCCCCGGAGCUGCAGAGGUACCACAGACACAUCAAAGACCAACGAGGAGAGCAGGGCAACAUCGGAGAGCUGAGCCCGGGAGCGGUGGGAGGAGGAGGAGGAGUGAGAGGCGGGGGAGGAGGAGGAGCCAGGGCGGAGCAUCAAGCGGCGAUCAACAGCAUGAUGAUGGAGAGGAUGAGCACCGACAUCUACGCCCUGAAGAAGCAGUACACGCGCAUCAAGAGGAGGCAGCAGCAGCAGGCCAUGCAGCUCUACAUCCGCACAGGAGCUGUACCUGAAGUGGCCACUAACACCGGGGUUCUGCAGGAGCAUCUCGACAAACACGGCGACAGUACCGACCCGCUCACUGACGAUAAAUGUCCCGCCACCCGCAUCCUGCCCUCCCAACUCAACCCCUCCAGCUCCGUGAUCAACCACCUCCUCCUGGGCCGGAGACCCCGCGCAGAACCCCCCCCAGGGGGCGCCAACCCCACAUCCACAUCCACGGCCACGCUACCGGGGUCCAGACCGGCGCCCCUCCCCCCGGGUCAGGAGGCGGGGUCGCCAUGGCGAUCUCACGUCCGGGUUCACCGGAAGAACAUAGCCAGAGCCCGGGCGGAGCUGGGCUUCGGAGAUUCAGGGGAGAGAGAAGGGGAUGAGGAGGAGGAAGGAGGAGGGAUGAGGAGGUAUGAGGGUGAAGAGGAGAGGAAGAUUGAGGAGGAGCAGGAAGAGGGGAGUGACUCCUUUAAGUCUCCGUCUCCUGAUUGGUCGGUGGGCGAAGAGGCUCCGCCGGUGGAGACGACGGACGUUUCAGAGGUGGAGGUGCAACUGGACUCUCUGGAUCUAGAGGAGGAGAACCCGGAGUCCAAACCGGCAGCCCGAGUCCCUCUUCUCCCCCCUCCUCUUCCUCCUCCGGCGUCCUCAGACGGACACAAGGAGUCCGAUUCCUCGGGAUCAGAAAGAAGCUCCGCCUCCGACAGACACUUCCCCUCCAUCGCUUCACCUCCACCUCACCGCUCCUCAUCGUCCCCUACGUCGGUUUCUCCCGGUCCGGCCCCUUCCCCCUCUCCCACGUUGGUUUCUCCCGGUCCGGCCCCCUCCCCCUCUCCCACGUUGGUUUCUCCCGGUCCGUCCUGCUCCUCCUCCCCUUCGGCUGGCGGCUUCUCCCCUCUCGCGUCCUCCAGCUUCUACAAAACCUCGUCCCCCUCCACGCCGUCGCUCUCCUCCGCCUGCUCCUCGUCCCGCCUCUCCUCCUCGCCGUCCACCCCGGUGUUCUCCCCGUUCCCCAGCGUGAAGCAGCCCCGGAGGUCGGCGGCGGCGAGGAACCUCGGCCUCUACGGCCCGACGGCCCGGACGCCCUCCGUCCACUUCCCUCAGAUCAGCCGCAGCCUCAACCGCAGCAGCGCCACCGGGAGCCCGACCUGAGGCCUCGCCCCCGCCGGGGCUCCAGGAGGAGGACCCUCAUCUUCCUCAGCGUAGACGUGAAGUGGAUCAAAGGGAACUGGACUCUACUCGACUCUACUGGACUCAUGUGGCAACACGGUGAAGUUCUUUUCUCUUCUCCUCACACAAUAAAUAAAGUAUUAAAAACACAAAAAACAAGAACCUGAAGAAUUGAUGUAAAUGAAGAAGAAUUAAAAAAAAAGUGUUUGUCCCCAAAAAUC